AUGUCCAUGCUGGCUUUCAGGCCGCCAGCAGCGAGGCUGGGCUGUCGGCCACUUUACACUUCAAAGCGCAGCAGCCUCCGAUCACUCACUUCAGUACUAGUGCUUCGCUCAUUUUACUCGUCACCGAAUAACGCAAACAAAGCCAAAGCCGUUCCAGAGGCACCAAAGGUUUCUGGCAUCCCUUAUACGUCUCUGACAGUCGGAGCGCCGCGAGAGAUAUUCCCGGAUGAGCGACGGGUCUCUCUUACGCCUCAGAACGUCACCCUCCUUAGGAAGAAAGGUUUUGCUAAUGUUCUUGUCGAGAAAAACGCUGGUGCACAGGCUCAGUUCCUGGAUGAAGAAUAUGUCGCAGCCGGAGCUGCUAUCGUAUCUCGAGAUGAGCUUUUCGAUAGAACGGAUAUCAUGCUCAAAGUACAAGCACCAUCCGUUACUGAAGAGGCCAAGGGCAUGAAGGAGGGAAGCACAGUCAUUUCGUUCCUAUACCCCGCAAAGAACAAGGCCGUGGUAGAUGCGCUGGCUUCACGUAAAGUUAAUGCAUUUGCUAUGGAUAUGAUUCCUCGUAUUUCUCGUGCUCAGACGUUCGAUGCGCUGAGCUCGAUGGCAAAUAUUUCUGGCUACAAGGCUGUAUUAGAGGCCUCUAAUCACUUUGGAAGAUAUCUUACGGGUCAGGUUACCGCAGCUGGGUCAGCCUCAACUAUUCCACCUGGUAAAGUUCUCGUCAUCGGUGCAGGUGUUGCUGGAUUGAGUGCCAUCGCUACUGCCCGUCGGCUUGGUGCCAUUGUUCGCGGUUUUGAUACACGGUCUGCAGCUCGUGAACAGGUACAGUCUCUUGGUGCAGAGUUCUUGGAAGUCUCCAUUGAGGAAGAAGGCGGAGGCGCCGGUGGUUAUGCGAAGGAAAUGUCCAAGGAGUUCAUCGAGGCUGAGAUGGCGCUGUUCUUGGAACAGUGCAAAGAGGUCGACAUUGUCAUCACUACGGCCCUCAUUCCUGGCAAACCUGCACCCAAACUGAUUCUCGAUUAUGCAACUAUGAAGCAGGGUUCGGUUAUCGUGGAUAUGGCAGCCGAAGCUGGUGGUAAUUGCGAAGCGACGGUUCCUGGAAAGCUAGUAGUGAAGAAUGGCGUGACGAUCAUAGGUUACACUGACCUUCCCUCACGACUUCCAACGCAGUCGUCUACUCUGUAUUCGAACAACAUCACCAAGUUCUUGUUGUCCAUAGGAGAGAACAAUGCCUUCAAUAUCGAUCUUACAGAUGAAGUCGUUCGUGGUUCUAUUGUUGCCCACCAAGGCGCUAUCCUCCCUCCUGUGCCCCGACCUGCUCCUCCUCCCGCAGCACGUCCCACUCCCAAGGCUGAGGAGAAGGUUGAGACUCUGGCUAUCACCCCCUGGCAAAAAGCUACCCGUGAGAUAGCUACAGUCACAGCUGGAAUGGGCUCCGUAGUGGCUCUCGGUAAGGUGACUGGCGCCGCUUUCAUGAGCAACUUCUUCACGUUUGGCCUUGCGGGUAUUGUUGGAUAUCGAGUCGUUUGGGGUGUCGCUCCGGCUUUGCACUCCCCCCUGAUGUCCGUUACCAAUGCCAUAUCUGGCAUGGUUGGUGUUGGUGGUCUGUUCGUCAUGGGAGGAGGAUAUCUCCCAGAAACCAUUCCUCAGGUAUUGGGCGCUCUCUCCGUACUCCUCGCUAGUGUCAAUGUCGCCGGUGGUUUUGUCAUAACAAAGCGGAUGCUUGACAUGUUCAAGAGACCAACGGAUCCUCCUGAAUACUCUUGGUUGUACGGUAUCCCAGCUGUCGUAUUUACUGGUGGUUUCUUGGCUGCUGCCAGCACUGGUAUGGCCGGCCUUGUACAGGCAGGUUACUUGACAAGCAGCAUGCUUUGUAUUGCUUCUCUAUCUGGGUUGGCAUCUCAGGCAACUGCACGACAAGGGAAUGCAUUGGGAAUACUCGGUGUCGGAUCGGGCAUCCUUGCCUCACUUCUGGCGGUCGGCUUCCCCCCUGCCCUGCUUGCUCAGUUUGCCGGUGUUGCUGCUAUUGGAGGUACAAUCGGUACCAUCAUUGGUCGCCGUAUCACGGCCACCGAGCUUCCACAGAUGGUAGCCGCUUUGCACUCCGUUGUCGGUCUCGCUGCCGUCCUCACCUCCAUCGGCAGUGUCCUUGCUGAUCCGUCUCAUCUCUCCACGCUACACCUGGUCACUGCCUAUCUCGGGGUUGUCAUUGGUGGUAUUACCUUCACUGGCUCCAUUGUCGCGUUCUUGAAGCUUGCUGGAAAAAUGGGCUCGAGACCGUUGAUGUUGCCCGGAAAGCACAUCAUUAACUCUGGUUUACUCGGAGCGAAUGUGUUGACCAUGGCCGCAUUUGUUACGGCCGCGCCAACAGUACCCUUGGUUGCUGCAGGGUAUCUUGGAGUUAGCACGGUUCUCAGUUUCAUCAAAGGCUUCACGACGACUGCUGCUAUUGGUGGUGCCGACAUGCCUGUUGUCAUCACUGUCUUAAACGCUUAUUCAGGGUUCGCGCUGGUUGCAGAAGGCUUCAUGUUGGAUAAUCCCCUCCUUACGACAGUGGGUUCGUUGAUUGGCGUCAGUGGUACAAUCCUAUCAUACAUCAUGUGCGUGGCGAUGAACAGAUCGAUAAUAAACGUUCUGUUUGGUGGCAUUGGCACUGUUGCACCGAGUGAGACCGCUCAAAUUGAAGGCACUAUCACGAAGACGAACAUCGACGAUACAGUAGAGGCUCUUGCCAAUUCCGAGAAUGUGAUAUUGGUUGUUGGGUACGGCAUGGCCGUCGCUAAGGCUCAAUAUCCUAUCGCCGAAAUAUGUGCUAUGCUGAGAGCGAAGGGUAUUAAAGUGCGCUUUGCUAUUCACCCUGUUGCUGGUCGCAUGCCCGGCCAGUGCAACGUCUUGCUGGCUGAGGCAUCUGUGCCUUAUGAUAUCGUCUUGGAGAUGGAUGAGAUCAACGAUGAUUUCGACGAGACUGAUGUAACGCUUGUCAUCGGUGCCAAUGAUACUGUAAACCCAAUCUCCCUUGAACCUGGAUCUCCGAUUGCUGGUAUGCCUGUUUUGCAUGCAUGGAAGAGCAAGCAGGUCAUUGUGAUGAAGAGAGGAAUGUCCAGUGGAUAUGCUGACGUCCCGAACCCUAUGUUCUAUAUGCCAAAUACGAAGAUGCUGUUUGGUGAUGCUAAAGAUACAUGUGAUGCUCUCAAGAGAGGCUUGGAGCAGAGAGCAUGA